AUUUGAUUUAACACUGCACCUCACAUCAAAGGAAAGUCAAAGUUUGUGACCUAAUUUCUUUCUUCGAACAACCAAAAGAUCUAUUAGCUACUUCCUCUUUGAACAGCCACGAGAUCUAUUAGCUAAAUUGGAGAAAUCGGUGUCCAGCUGGUGCUACUUCUCCAGGAAAAUAUUGAUGAACAGAUGAAGAGUCUCUCCAUUUCCCUGGAUAUAAAGGCUUCAUAAGGAUUCAUGGCAUUCUCUCAGAACCGAUAUUAGUAUAUAGACUUCUUUAUUUGCUCUCAAGAUGUCAGAGGCAGCUGAUCCUGGGGAAGUGGAAUAUGAUGAGCAUACGGGUAGGUGGAGGUUUAAGCCAAGGGGAUUGCACAUCACUUGGAGUAGUAACCCAGAUUAUUGGACGAUGCCUGAGAAAGGGACGGAUGGCCCUGCAGAGUUGCUAAAGGUAUGCUGGCUUGAAAUAGAGGGCUCAACCCCAGAACACCUAUCGAAAGGGAAGAGGUAUGCACUGAGCUUCAAAAUAUCUAUGACAGAAGACAGAUUUGGUUGGCAAGAAGCUCCUGCUUUCAUGAUGGCUAAGGUAGGGAAGAAAGGAAUUGCCAAAUGGGCAAGAAUCAAUCUGGCAGAUGUGCAGGUAGAUCACGAAAUGGAAGUUCCUUUAGGCAAGCUUCAGUUUGAAGUUCCGGAAAAUGCUCAAGAUACCACACUCUACUUCGGAUUCUAUGAAUUGUGGUGUGGAGGAUGGAAGGGAGGUUUGCGAAUUCAUGAGGCUGUAGUUGAAAAAAUGCCAGAUUUACCAUCCUAGAGUUAUUAUGGCCAAAUGAACCUCUUGAAGAUAUGGUUGAUCUUGAAGAUAGUAUUUAUCAAAUAUUAUCUUGCAGAUACAUUCAAAUAUUGUGUUGCCAUAUCAAUACCUGCAAAUCUCUAGAAAUUAGGCAGUAAUUAUGCUCUGAAAGGAGUCAGCUGAUGUUGCUGAUUCUUUUCCUUAAUUGUAGGCCUUCCUGCUGUAUAUAUUCUUCCGCUAGAAAUAGAAUAAUAUAUGAGAAUUCAGUAUUUUGUUCUUAA